AUGAAUCCACUGCGCGCGUUACUGUCUAUUCAAAGCGUGCUAGCCAUCUUGGCGUGCAUGUCGCAGCAAGCAGCAGCGGCGUCGAUCGCACUGGACGAGCUAGAGAGACUACUUGAUGCUCCUGUGGAUGAAGCGCAGUUGACGGUCUCAAGUGAUGCUGGUAGACCUGGAACUCAGAGCUUUCCAUCAACCAGCAUCGAAGGCAGCUGGUCCGACAUCCUACAUCGGCUAAACAAUGAAAGUCCCCGCAGUUCCGUCGCGCAACGUGACCCGACAGUGCCAGCCACCAUCUGGCGGCAGCAUCAGCAAACCUCGGACGACAGUCCCACCCUGCCGAGAGUCGAACAUGAUCGCGAAGCAACCAGAAAAGAAGUCGCCUCGGAGGAGAGGAGUCUUUCUCCUGAGUCAUUCGUCAACGCCCAACAUGCACAUUCCUCUACGGCAGCCAUCGACCCGACUUUACCAAGCUUUACUGUCCCGAUCGAUAUUCCAUAUGACAUAUUGACCAAGGGAGAACGGGAGCAAAUCUUGCUCUACCUUCAUGCGGCGCUACAGAACAGACCGGGUGGGCCGGUCCGAGGAACCGUGUGGCCUUUGAUUUUGGAGGACAUGAGCCCUACUGAGUACAAGAGCCUCUAUCGUAGCUUGUUUGCUGCUAGGAAUAACAGAGGUGAACUGGUCCGAUUCCUCUGGAUUCGAGACGGUUUUCUGUACCUAUUUGGUAGACCAGACAAAUCUUCUCUUGGCUUUUCUAGAAUGCAUGGCACCGAUGGAGGCCGAUUAAGGAACCUAUACUCUGUCUGGCGCCUCGAAUACCAUGGUCACACAAGGAUCUGGAGGUACUUGGGGGGCUUGCAUGUCCCUGGACACAGACCACCCGAAACAUUCAUGCGGAACGGCUUGCUAAAGCUCGCAGACAUACCGCAACGGCCGAAAACAUUCUUGAGGGAUGCCGCUCAUGUUGAUCCUGGGCAGCCUAUGAUCACGUAA